AUGACGACAUCCCGACAAGCGCACACUCAAAAUCGAUAGGAUUGUACUGUGAGCGGUUCUUUCGCGAAAACUCGUGUGGACGACGACGAACGGACUGAAGCAUAUUUCUGAUCUGAGACUAUAUCAAAUCGUCGUCACUCUCGUCGCUGCUCUUCGUUGGUGCUGACCUAGCUGAAAAAUCUAGUUCUCUUCAUUCCGUAGAAAUACUAGUCGCGAAAAAAUGAACUACUGUAUCUAAUUUUCCUCUGAUUUCGAAAUCUAUUAUCACAAUCAAACUGCUAUGGUCAGAGCCUGUUUCGCGAACGUGUAGUUUCGGAAAUAAGUGAGGAAAAUCCACCCAAGUAGACGACAAAUCGUGAAAUUUUCACCUUUUCCCAUGGUGACGAAAAUGGAACGGGAAAAAAGUCUGCCCUAAUGUCGCAUUGCGGAUGUUGAAGGUUGGGCAGUGAAAACGGGAAAAUAUGCUAUUGGUUGCUUCAAUCGAGAGUUCAAGUGGUUAUCAUUCGAAAGGAGAUAAAUCAGCUAAUAAAGUGGAGAAUAAUUUAAAGUGAUAAGUUUCUGAUAUUUCUUUCCAUUAGCAAAAAAGAAAAUCUUGAUUCGCCAGGCACCUAUAUCUAUAGCAACAUUGUGACGAAAGCAGUACGCAACGAAACAGGAAUAAGAAUUCCUUCCAGGUGGUGAAGAAGAAUAAUAGCUAUGUGAUAGUUGAUGUUUUCAAUGACCAAAUGUAAUAUAGAUUCAGCGAUAGGAAAAGGAAAAUAAAUGCUGUGAUUAUUUUCAUUACUGUUAACGAGCGACGUGAAACGUCUCUAAAAUUCAACAUAAGAUAAUCUUCAGUCUUCAGAAGCUCAGUAACUGAUUUGGAUUUCAUCGUACACGGAGGACAGCUUUAAUACAACAUCAUCCAAAAUGGAUCGGAAACAUUGGAUUCUAAUCCCGUUAGCGCUAGUAGGAGUGUUUUGGUUUUGGAUUCCACAGGUGUCAGCCGAGUGCCAAACUCGGUCGAUCUAUUGUUACGAAUGCGACAGCUGGACGGAUGCCCGCUGUAAAGAUCCCUUCAAUUACACAGCGCUUCCCCGAGAUCAGCCUCCGCUAAUGACAUGCAACGGAUGUUGCGUAAAAAUGGUGCGACACUCGCGGACGCCUUAUGAAGUUGUAAGACGAAUGUGCACAUCACAGUUGCAAAUAAAUCUAUUUAUGGUAGAUCAUGUGUGUAUGAUGGAAAGUUCAGGCAAUGGUCAUAUGUGUUUUUGUGAGGAAGAUAUGUGUAACUCGAGCCCUAGCUUACUUAUCACCAGUCAUCUUAAUAUAAAGAUGUGCAUCACUAGCGUAAUAGCCGUUUUUCUACUAAACACCGCGCAGAGAGCAUUUCGGUAAACCGCAAUUGCUUGAAGCAAGUGUUCUCUUCAAGCGAACUAAUUAUUUGGAAAAACGAAAAGAAAACCAAAACUACGAGAAACCCCUAUCCAUAAAUGGAUUUUGGAUAUUAUGAGUUAAAAUUUAGGAUUCUCUAAUUCUGCAUCGCAAAGCCUUUUAAAAAUAGAAACUCGAAACACAAACUCUCACAAAUGACCCAACUCAUACACUAACACUCUAAAUUUCCCUUUAUAAUAGAAUGCAGAUAAACAUUGAAAUCCUCCUUGACCUGUUAAGUUCUUCGGAUACAUUGGUUACAUAUUUUAGUUUGAAGGUACCCAUCCUUGAUCCAAUUUACUCCUCUCGUUUAAGCUGAUAAAACACAUCGAAAACCUAUACCGGAAAGCUACUGUAAUCAUUCGGUUGCUCAGAACGAAAAGGUUGAACAAAAAGUCUUUGAAUUCCUUGGAUUUUUUUGAAAUUAUUUACUUCUAUCUUGCUCGUUUUAUUUUUAUAGAAGAAUUAGAAACUAACAUAACACUUCAUUUUUAUUAAGCCCCAUCUGAAGUGCUACUGCAGCACGAUCCACUUAGAACAGUUUAGAAAUCCUGCCCUCAGAAAUGAUAUUAUUUAUUCAUUAAGAAUUAACCAUUUAGAAUUAUAUAUUAGACUAAUACCCUUUUCUUGCUCUACUCCUCUCAGUAACUGCAUGUGUAUAAAAACUAAUAUUUAGAUACGUUUGUUUGGUUUCCUUCUAACCCUGUUCCAAAGCUACUUUUUCAUUCGAGUCCUGCAAAAAAAAAUCUUCCAUACUUCUUAUAGAUAGUUUACAUACGAGUUUCUAUAUAACGAAAAUCUAAAGUAAUUUUUUUUAAUUUUGUUAACACGUUUAUCUAGAUUUUAACCUAGAAUUUGUACAGUUAUUUAUAGAAUGAUAUAGAAGAGUUUGAAAAUAAAAUAAGCGAAUGAUUUGUAACACCUAACAGAAAACUUUAAAAUGGGUAGCGGUUAUUGCCAGAUGCAUAUAACAAACGCGUAUAGAGUAAAUCGCAACUAGAAAGCCUGACUAAAUAGUGAAAGCGCGUGCGUAGAACAAUAUUUUUUAAAAUGUUGUAGGUUUGUUUGAAGUCGCAGAUUUUGCAGUAGUUAGAAAUUUCCAAUGCAAUAAAAUAGAUCCAUGAACACAAACACACGUCCAUUUCGCCCAUUUAGCAAUAGACAUUUCGAAGUCCUAUUUAUAUCUCUACGUUAAU